UAUGAGUCAAGUUAGGGGAAAAAUCACCCAACCGUCGAACCGACAACCGACGUUUUCUCACACAAGCCAGCGGGUGGAGUCGUUUUGUAUGUGGUGUUUUUAGCAACAAGUGUCAAAAUAGUGUGUUUUUACAAAUACCAUGGGUUGUGCCGUUAGUACAACAGGUGAGAAGGCUGCCCAAGCCAGGUCAAAGAAAAUUGAUCGAGAUCUUAGGGCAGAUGGAGAACGGGCCGCUAGUGAAGUUAAACUUCUGUUGCUCGGUGCUGGAGAAUCUGGCAAAAGUACGAUUGUAAAGCAGAUGAAGAUCAUACAUGAACUGGGCUAUUCACCAGAAGAAUGUGAACAAUAUCGUCCUGUUGUUUACAGCAAUACUAUCCAAAGUUUGAUGGCAAUUAUUAGGGCUAUGGGCCAAUUAAGAGUUGAUUUUGCUGAUCCUAGUAAAGCAGAUAUUGCUAGACAAUUCUUUACAUAUGCUAGUGCAGCUGAAGAAGGAGAGUUGACUCCAGAAUUAGUAAUGCUUAUGAAGAGACUGUGGCAGGACCCAGGAGUUCAGUUAUGUUUUUCAAGAUCAAGGGAAUAUCAACUGAAUGACUCAGCAGCUUAUUAUUUGAAUGCAUUAGAUAGAAUUUCACAAAAAAAUUACAUUCCCACCCAACAAGAUGUUUUAAGAACUAGAGUUAAGACUACAGGAAUAGUUGAAACACAUUUUUCAUUUAAGAGCUUGCACUUUAAAAUGUUUGAUGUGGGUGGUCAAAGAUCUGAAAGAAAAAAAUGGAUUCAUUGUUUUGAAGGUGUUACUGCUAUAAUAUUUUGUGUUGCUCUCUCAGGUUACGACCUAGUUCUUGCUGAAGACGAAGAAAUGAAUAGGAUGGUUGAAUCAAUGAAAUUAUUUGACUCAAUUUGCAACAGUAAAUGGUUUGUAACAACUUCCAUAAUUCUUUUUCUAAAUAAGAAAGAUCUGUUUGAGGAAAAGAUUGUUAGAAGUCCUUUAACAAUCUGCUUUCCUGAAUAUACUGGCCCUAAUACAUACGAUGAUGCAUCUGCUUAUAUUCGAAUGAAAUUUGAAAACCUAAAUAGGAGAAAAGACCAAAAAGAAAUAUAUACACACUUUACAUGUGCAACAGACACAAGCAACAUUCAGUUUGUAUUUGAUGCUGUCACUGAUGUAAUUAUUAAAAAUAAUCUUAAAGAUUGCGGAUUGCUUAUGUAAGUUAUAUUAGUUAAAAAAUAUUUAUGAAAUGGCUGUUUUUUUUUAUCCAGAUUCUUUAAAUUAAUUCAUAAAAUCUAUUUAAUAAGCCAUAUAUAUGUUAUAUAAAAUAGAAAAGACAAGACUUUAUUUGUAUCCAAUAGUGAGCUUGUUUUAAAUUGUGCAAAAUAUUUAUAUUUAUUUGUCAGUGCACAAAACCUAGGUGUUGGGUAGUUAUUUAAGCGUUCAAUGAAAAAAAACUUGAUUAAUCUAAAAUAAGCCAAAUACCCCAUAUUUUGCACAAUUUAUACACCAUAAAAUGCACAAGGCAAUUUUUAUUUCUAUUCUCGUGUUUUUUAGUUAGUCUCCGUAUUUAUUAUUUGUGUAGUGUUGUAAGAUGAAGGAAAUAUUUGAUCUCUUUAUUUAAAAAAAAAGUUACAAAAGGAAAUAUUUGCUUUGAAGCAAUUUGCUUCAUGCAAUAUUAAGAAUUAUUUUUGAUUUUAUUCUAAGAAUUUUCAUAAUAAUACAGGGUAUGUAAAUUUAAAUAAAAUUUGUCUAGUGAGAUGACACAACCCUGUGCAUAUGUAUACAAUAUAAUAUUUAUGUAUGUAAUUAAAUGUUGCUUUUAGACCAUACAUUUUUGAAGACUAAAAUUAAGCAUUCCAUGUCUUAAUUUUUAAAUUAAAUCAUGACAAUUAUUCUUUAUGUGAGUUACGCAUUCAAAAACAUGUUUGCAGUGUAUACAGACAGUACUUAAACACUUCCCAAGAACUUGCAAAGUAAAUAAUCUAGUUUUUUAAUAUUCUUGAGGAAUUAAGGCAGCUUUUACAUAAAGCAAUAUAUGUAACUAAUUGAGGGCAUGUCCCUAUCGAAUAUACUAAGCAACCUUAAUACCCAAGUAAUUUUAAUAUUUACUUAUGUACUUCUCAAGAAAAUUAUGACUAAAAAAUAUGAAAUUGCUAAUACAAUUGGAUCAGGCAAAUUUAAAUUGUAUAUGUUAACAUAUAUAUAUGUAAUGCUUAAAAAUCUAUGUAUAUUCUAUGUGGCCUCUAUUACCUUGAUCUAAUUGUGAUACAUAUAUUUUUAAAAGAAGUUUUUACACUUAGUACAUAUUUUAUGUAAAAUUAAAUAAUUUUUGGCUUAACCAUAUUUGCACUAACGUGACAAAUUACAAUGUUCAUAUAAAUACCCCCUUAAUAUAAUAACUGCUCGAAUUUAUAAUGGCCAUUAGUACUUGGAGAUCUGAUCUUAAGGAAUUAUUAAGAAGAACUUUCAUAAAUUGUAUUUGAAAUUUAAGACUUUGUCUUUUGAACUGCCAUAUGAUAAUAUAACCAGUAUUUUUUCAUAUAUAUAUUUACAUCUUUUUUAUACUUAAAUUUUUGUACUUUAAAAUGAAUUUCGUUUAGAGUGAGUGUAUACAAAUUACUAAGGACAUUGUCAUCACCAUAUUGUAGAUUAUUUUUUGUAGCUUUAUUUUUUAUA